ACAAAGCUCUUUAGGAGACUUGCUCUUUCUAAAUGUUUUUUCAAAGGUUAAAAAUUAAAUUUCAAAAGAAUACCCAGGCUGGAGAAGAGAGACAGACACUGAGAGUCUCCAACAUGAAGCUUGCUCAUGUUAUUUUGUUAUAUUUGUGCUUCUGCAUAAGUUUUUGCAAGGAUACAGAUGAAAAACAAAAACGACGGACAAAGACAACACAGCUUUCUUUGGUAUCAAACACACCUCAAAAGGAUCUGGUAGACAAAAAGUGCUUAACUGAAAAACACACACAUCUCUCCUGCAAGAAAGUCUUCUGCCAACCAUGGCAGAAAUGCAUCGAUGGGACCUGUAUUUGUAAACUUCCUUAUCAGUGCCCAAAGAAUGGCACCUUAGUGUGUUCAACUAACGGGAAAACCUACUCAACUUACUGUCAGCAGAAGAGUUUUGAAUGUCUUCGUCCGGGGGCAAAGUUUUUAAAUAAGGGAGCAUGCAGAGCUGAAGCACAAUUUAAUGUUUCCAUAAAGCAUGGAAAUACCACUUCGGAAGGAAUUGUUGAAGUAAAACUUGUAGAACAAGAUAAGAAAAUGUUCAUAUGUAAAAAACCCUGGAGCAUGGCGGAGGCUAAUGUGGCCUGUCUUGACCUUGGAUUUCAACAAGGUGCUUAUGAUAUUCAGAAACAGUUUGAGAUUCCUGAAAAUCUCUCUAUGAAUUCCACUGAAUGUCUCCAAGUGCAUUGUCGAGGAUUAGAGACGAGUUUGGCUGAAUGUACUUUUACUAAGAGAAGAACUAAAAAUGACCAGGAUUUCGCUGGUGUGGUUUGCUACACACAGAAUGCAGACGUCACCUACAACUCUGUAAAUAAAUUUCACGGAGAAAAUUCCCAAUUUACAGCUCCUCCAGUGAAUAACUCCUUUCACUGCGUGAAUGGGAAAUACAUUCCUCAAAAGAGAGCCUGUAAUGGUAUCAAUGAUUGUGGAGACCAGAGUGACGAACUGUGCUGCACAGGAUGCCAAGGCAAAAGUUUCUUCUGUAAAUCUGGUGUUUGUAUUCCAAGCAAAUAUAAGUGCAAUGGUGAGGUGGAUUGCAUUACAGGAGAAGAUGAAAUUGGUUGUGAAGGAACUAGACAUCCUGAAAUUAAAGGCCAUCAUGAAAUUAAAGAAAAAACAGAAUUUUUGACUGCUAAUAUGGAUGAAGAAAGAAAAUGGAUAAAGUCAUUUCUCCCUAAAGUGUCCUGUGGAGUUAAAAACAGCGUGCCCAUUCGAAGGAAACGAGUCAUAGGAGGAAAGCCAGCAUACAUGGGAGACUUCCCAUGGCAGGUGGCAAUUAAGGAAAAUGAGAGAAUCAAAUGUGGAGGAAUUUAUAUCGGAGGGUGUUGGAUUGUAACUGCUGCACACUGUGUCAGUGUCAGUAAAAUGUACCAUUACCAAAUAUGGGCAUCAUUCCUAAACACGUUAACACCUGACGGCGAUGUGAUUGUUCACUUAGUAAAGCAAAUUUUUAUUCAUGAAAAGUACAACGGAAGCACCUAUGAAAAUGACAUAGCUUUGAUUGAAUUGAAAAAACACUCAAACAAGAAAGACUGUGAGCUGACUAAUUCCAUCCCUGUCUGUGUUCCCUGGUCUUCAUAUCUAUUCCAACCUAACGACAAAUGCACUGUUUCUGGCUGGGGUCGAGAAAAAGAUAACCAAAAAGUCCAUUUACUUCAGUGGGGUGAAGUUACCCUAAUCAACAACUGCUCCAGGUAUUAUCCCGGUCGCUAUUUUGAAAAAGAAAUGGACUGCGCAGGUACAGAUGACGGUUCCAUCGAUGCCUGUAAAGGGGACUCCGGGGGUCCCUUAGUCUGUAAGGAUGUCAACAAUGUGACUUAUGUUUGGGGUGUUGUGAGUUGGGGUGAAAACUGCGGAAGACCAGAGUACCCAGGUGUCUACACCAAAGUGGCCAAUUAUUUUGACUGGAUUAGCCACCACGUGGGAAGGUCUCUUAUUUCUCAGUACAAUGUAUAAAAUUGUGAUCUCUCUCUUCUGCUCUUUUUCUUUUGGUAGUUGGAUUUUAGUUGAAAUGAUACUGCAUGAUUAGUACUUCUCUCGGAAAAAAAUAAUAAAGCACGUUUUAUUGGAUA